GGCCGUCGUUCAUUGUAUCGUUCUUCUGUCUUCAAUCGUUAUUCGUUUCGUUUCGUAUUCACUGUUCAUUCGCGUGUCCGCGCGCGCAACGUGUUCACGUAUUGACGCCAACAAUAUUGUGUUUGUGAAAAAGUUCGGAAAUCGUAAUAUAAAAAAAUGGCACCAACUUCUAACGCUGUUAUGGGCAUUGAUGAUGAUCAGCGCUUCGCUUUAAUGAAGUUUCGUCGUAGCGUUAAAGAUGUAUUGAAACCCGAGCACAAUGACCACUUCCUCUUACGGUGGCUCAGAGCGAGACAAUGGGACCCCGAAGCAGCGGAGAAAAUGCUGAGAGACUCAAUGAAAUGGCGGGAAAAAUGGGGCAUAGACACAACACUCCACACGUGGCAAGCACCAGAAGUUUUGGAAAAACAUUUUCCCAGCGGCAGCACGGGUUUUGAUAAAGAGGGAUCUCCAAUUAUUAUCGUGCCUUUUGUCGGUUUGGACGCGUGGGGAAUGCUACAUUCUGUCACGAGGACAGAUCUUAUUAGGAUGAUUCUGCGACAUUUAGAGCAUUAUUUGGCUCUCGGUAGGAAACAAGCUUCGACGCAUGGCUCUGCUGCCUUGAAGGUGACAGUAAUAUUUGAUCUAGAAGGCUUCAACAUCAGACAGUAUGCAUGGAAGCCGGCUGCCGAGAUGGUGUUCUCGUUACUACAAAUCUAUGAAGCCAACUACCCUGAGAUAUUAAAGGCGUGCUUCUUAAUAAACGCGCCGAAAGUAUUUUCCCUCGCAUUUUCCGUGGUCAAGAAGUUCAUGCACGAGUACACAAUAUCGAAAAUUCGAAUAUUUGGCACAGACCCUAAAAAAUAUCAACCACAGAUUCUCGCGCUCAUAGACAAGGAAUUCCUUCCCGUGCAUUAUGGCGGCACUAUGGUUGAUGAAAAUGGCGAUCCUAAAUGUAGUGCAUUAAUAAAACCAGGUGGUAAAGUGCCUAAAUCGUAUUAUUCUCGCAACAUACAAGAAGAGGACUCGCAGCAUUACACGCGAGUGACAGUGAAGACCGGAGAGAAACACGUCGUUGAUUUAUUAUGUCCCGAUAGCGAGAGUGUACUCAAAUGGGACGUAGGCGUCGAAAAUCACGAUAUAAAGUUCCUAAUCAAAAAACGCGAUGCAGAAGGCAACGAGAGUGUAGUCCACGGGCCAAAGAAGAUCUCCGAAGGACCAGCUGAUGUUGGAGUUAUGCCUGUUACGGGACCCGCUACUUAUUCAGUCGUUUUCGACAACAAAAGCUCUUACCUACGCAGUAAGAAGAUAUUCUACGACGUUCUAAUUUCAAUUCCGUCUAGAGAUCUCAACAUGACGGACGUGCCUGAAGACGAAUUAGCCGAUUUAAAAAUCGCCGCCUCGAGUUCUAAUGAAUAAACAAAUUGUGUAUGGUGCUGUUAGUGAUAUUUUUUAGGACAGUUUUUAUCAGUAUUGUUUUUUCAAAUCUUACACAAAAUAUUAAAAACAACCACAAUUUUUCACAAAUCACAACAAAACAAUAAUCACAUUAAGAAUAUCCUCUAUAGUUAGAUGACCGCGCUAAAAAUAUUAUUCUAAAGUAAUUGCCUUAUAUACAUUACAUUUUAAACAUAUUAAAAGACAAUAUUGUACCAAAAUAGAAUACAAAUAAAUGGCUUCCACAAAUAAUCCGUAGAUAUCGUAUUGGUAAGGUUACAUUUAACAGUAAAUUAAAUGAACUGAUGUAAUUUUUUAUUAUUUGCAUUAGCAUCGUACACUUACUGCUACUACGUACUAACUACUAUCAUCUAUUAGUUAAUUUUUCUUUUUUGAGUUGCAGCAAAUGCAUGUUGUUAAUCGUGAAACUUUUAUUUAUUAUUGUUAUAUCCUAUCAAAUUCGGAUAAAGUUGAUAAGUUCAAUUUUGCUUUAAAAUUUAUAUUUUUGUGUACCUAGAUAUUUUUUUAGUUCUUAAAUAGAUAAGUUUCUAGGUUAUUCUGUGAUAUUUGGAAAACAUGAUUUUUUUAUAUUAUUAUUAUUAUUAUAUAACGGUUCUAUGCUUUUUUAUCUGAAUCGACAAUUGUUUUUUUAUUAAUUAACAAUAAUUUAGGGAUAUAUUAUUUUAUUGUAACAUUCCAUUGACGUGUCAUAAACAAUUAAACUCACAAUCACCUAUUAAAAAGUCGCCAAAAAAUAUCCGAUAUAUAAAGCAUUCAUUGAAAUUGAUACCUUAUUUUCUGACAAUAAUGUUCAGUACAUGGUAUCGCUCAUUUUAAAACUCUGCUCGAUAGAGGUAUGGGCAGAGUUUUGCGUCGGAAUGUUCUUGAGCGUGAUUGUGAGACUGUUUAUUCUAUAUCAAAUGUAAGAAAUUAAUGAAAAUAUGCUUUUGAAUUUAAGUACAAAGACAUCACUUAUCUUAAGGAACUUUGAAUAUAUGUAGAAAAUGUAUUGAAAGUUUUUAGUGUAAUAAGCUUUUUUCUGACUUCACCAAUUUGAUUUUUGCUAGAAUAAGUAGAACUUUGUUGUAUAUCAAAAUUGUUAGAUAAAAGCAAUUAAAACGAUGACCAAAAUAUAUAAUUAAAAAAUGUAAAUUGUUAGUUCUUUAUUAUAUAUUACAAUAACAAUUAUUUUAUUUAAGGGGUAAUUAGGGUGAUUAUUAUGUAAUUGUUAAAUUUAUCUCCGGAUUAAUUACACAUGAAUUAUGUUUACACAAUAUUUAAUUUCGACGAGCCAUCUUUUUUCUUCACACGGUACAUAAUAUUUAAAAAGUUUAAUAACAUUACUAUUCAGAACGUGUCUGAUAUAUUAGAGUAUCAAUCAAACGUUUUAUUAUCAAAACGAGAACUAGAAAAUUAGAGAACAAUUAUGCUUUUUUAAAAAUAGUUUAAUAUCUUUUAUUUCGAUGUCAGUGAGAUCAUAGCUAUAUUUUUAUGUGCCCCAUUACAUAUUUUAGCUUUAAUAUCUUGUAUUUCAAUUCCUAUAUAUAUAUAUACAUACUACAUUUUAUUUAUUUAUUUAUCCAAAUCAUAUGCCAAUAUAUACCAUAUUUAUACAUUAAAACCUAUUAUUGUAUUUAUUACCUUCUCCAUAAAAUAUAUAUUACCACUACAUAUUUAUUAAAUAUAACAGUAACCGAGGCUAGUGUUACAUUAUCUGUGCUGUGGCGUUAUUAUUACCUAUACUGCCCAACUAAUAGCAUAAUAUUGAAAGAAACAUGGCAUCUAUGAAUUAUUUGACUAUGUCAGUAGGGCGGUUCAUAAACGAUUAUCCAAUAGGAAUAUAUAGUUUAUUUUGAUAUUAACUACUACUUAUGAAAUCAACGAGCAUAAUGUUAAUAUAAUUAUACUAACGAGUUAUUUCCCGAAACAAUAACAGCUAAGACUGAAAUCUCACAGAAAUAUAGCGAAAUUUAUUUACUUAGAAAAUCUUUUGUGAAUCUGUAUUCUGCUGAUAAAUGACACAUAAAAUGUACUUUGUUUUGUACUUAUUUGUUAUAAUAUAUAAUUUAUAUCGA